AAUGGUCAGAUAAAGGGAAAGAUAAGGUUUAUUCCACAGUUAGCGAGAAUCUCAAUUUUUCAAUUGACAGAUAGGCCCUAACGGUCAGGUAAACUCUCUAUCCAGCCGAUAAAUUUAUCUGGCCCUUUACGGGCCAGGUAGCGCGCUAACGGUCAGAUAACUCAGAUAUUUUGUCAUUUCUGCAAUCACGCGCGUUCGUUUUUGUAGGUUAUACUUGUGUUCUUGCUUCCUAAAUUAUAAAAUAAUGGAUAUUUUUGAUUCUAUCGACGACGAAACAAUCGAGGAAGAUGAUAUAGUGCUAAAUUAUUUAGAGUCAGAGAGAAGAGAAAGAGUUAUUAGAGAGAGACCUGAUAAUAUGUCUCUAUGGGAUGAUAAGAAAUUUCAUAGGAGAUUUCGUCGAAAAAGUACUGUGCAAUUUUUAUUAACCCUCAUUGAAAGUAAAAUCGCCAACGUAACAAACAGAAACAAUUCUGUUCCAGCUUUACAACAAUUACUUCUGACUUUGCGGUUCUAUGCGUGUGGUAGUUUCUACAUUACGAUAGGUGAUUUUGCUGGAAUACACAACUCAACUGCGAGCAAAAUUAUAAGAAAAGUUACUGAAGCAAUUGCCUCUCUUCGCCAGGAAUUUGUUACAUUGCCAGCUAACAGAGAAGAAAUAUUAUUAGUACAGGAAGGAUUUUUUAAUAUUGCCCGAUUUCCGAGGGUUAUAGCGGCAUUGGAUUGUACUCACAUCAAGAUAAUUUCACCAGGUGGCAAUACUGCAGAAGACUACAGAAAUCGAAAAGGUUUCUUCUCAUUGAAUGUGCAAGCUAUGUGUACUAGCGACUUAAAAUUUGAAGAUAUAGUAACACGAUGGCCAGGUUCAACACAUGACAGUUUGAUAUUCUCAAACUCUGCAGCAAAGUUUCAGUUUGAUACUAAUAGAUUUCAGAAUGGACUGGUCCUAGGUGACAGUGGUUAUUUCUUAAAUCAUUAUUUACUAACUCCGUUAAGUGAUCCUCGAACAGAAGCCGAAAGACUAUAUAAUGAGUCUCAUAUUCGUACUCGAAAUGUAAUUGAGAGAUGUUUCGGGGUUUGGAAAAGGAGAUUUCCUGUGUUAAGUAUAGGAAUGCGGUGCCGAAUCCCUCUCGCUCAAGACAUUAUUGUAGCAACAGCAAUUUUACAUAAUCUUGCAAGAAUUAGAAAUGAAAGCGAACCACCUGUGGAUCCUGAAGUCCACAUACCACAACAACCACAAUUUGAAACUCUCAUUGCUGACCAGCCAGGACACCAACACAAUAGUACAAGGGACUCUAUGUUAGAAUAUUUUGAAAGUCUAAUCAACUAGUAAUGAUAUAUAAUAAACACAAUUUUAUAACUACAAUGUGUUCUUUUAUUAUACCUCCACUUUACAGUAAUCAUAUUGUUAUAAUCAAAUAAUUUGUGGUGAGGUAUUCACUGCUUUUGAAUAGGAUUAUUAGAAUUUAACAGUCUGGGUUUGUAGUGAUAAAAAAUUAAUUUAUUGGAACUAAACACACACAUUACAAUAAAAAAUGGUCAAAGACUAAAGAGAUCCUUGUUUUGUUGAAUAGGUAAAUGAAAAAAAAAAAACAUUUUAUAAAUCUUUAUUUAUUAUUUCUAAAGGACUUGUUCCAUAAUUUACACCAGUAC